AUACGCGAAAUGAAUCGCCUCGGAAUGAUGGUCGACCUGUCACACGUGUCUGUUGGCACAAUGCGUGACGCGCUUGAAACCAGCGAAGCUCCUGUGAUAUUCUCUCAUUCGUCAGCCUAUGAACUGUGCAAUUCCAGUCGUAACGUUCAGGAUGACAUUCUUCAGUCGCUGGCCAAAAAUGGCGGCAUGGUGAUGGUGAAUUUCUACUCGAGAUUCCUAUCGUGCAGUGAUAAUUCUACCGUACAGGAUGCUGUCGCGCACAUAAAUCACAUUAAGCAAGUAGCUGGCAUUGAUCAUGUUGGGCUGGGAGCUGGAUUUGAUGGAAUCAAUCACACUCCCAAAGGACUCGAAGAUGUUUCAUCAUAUCCAACAUUAUUUGCUGAAUUACUAGGCGAAGGAUGGUCUAUUGAAGAUUUAACUAAAUUAGCUGGUGGAAAUUUUAUUCGUGUAAUGUUACAAGUUGAAAAAAUACGUGACAUUAAAAAAACAAAUGGUGUUAAACCAUUUGAAGAUCAUCCCAAUUUCCGCACUGACGAUCCUUAUAAUUGUACAUCUAGCUAAUUAAUUA